CAGUCUUGUCCCCGUAAUGUUCGUUCAAGCGAUCCUCGCAAUCUCGCUGCUUCUGUCCGGGCUGGCAACCUGCUCCACAGGUCUCGGCUUCUCGCUGCCCCGCACGGCUCGAGGAGAUCUUGGGGAGGAGUGUGGCACCGAGCGGAUCCAAUGCCUCAUCUGCGACCGAACCAUCUGGAUCGAUUCCAAGGAGAUAGUUGAGCAGAAACGCUACGAGACUCUGGCCCUGACUCUUGUCAAGAUCAAUCCUCGGACUGGAGGAACUGGCUACGCCCGUGGCUGCAAUGGCAGCACUGCCACUUUCUCUCUCGCCGGGGCUGCUUCGUUUUUCGAUGGCAGAAAUACGGCAAAUACGACCAACACGCACAUAAAAGGCUUCUUCAAUACGGACUCCAGCAAGGUGGUCCUCAACGAUAAGCUUGAUACUAACAGCGCGGCCUCUGAUCUUAUCCUCUUCUGCGAUAAUGCCGGCGCUUAAUGCCAUUCAUUGCCUACCUUGUUACGGCCUCUGCUCCGGACGUCCACGCUCGUGUUGAGGCGACAGGAAGCCGCAAGGCUCGCGAACAGACUGUGUUUAUCUCUGCUCUGUGGUACAAUAACAAUGUGAUCC